CUUAAAAGACUGAGCAGCCGGCUGAGCCUCAGUCAUCGCUACCUCUGAGACGAGCAGCUGUCUCCUGAGAUCCUCCACAGCUGGACAUCAUGACUCUGAGGCUCAGCUCUCUUCUCCUGGCCGCCGGGCUGUUGGCGAGCAGCUGGGCUCUGACACCCGAAGAGUGCCGGCCUCUGAUGACGCCUUUGUCCCUGGAGCCCUCCACGCUGUACGGCAGGUUUAACUUCCUCUCUGGUUACACUGAUAAUGAAGUCUACAACAACAUCCUGAUGUUCACUGAAAGCUACUGGAUGGACGGGCACCCCUCCCCCUCCAGCCCCGACACCGUUGCUGCGACGACAUACAGCAAGUUAAAUGGAACAUGUAUGUCUUUAAGGUCCAACUUUACUAUUGACGGCAAUACUGGAUCAACGUCCAUUGCCAACAUGACGUCGGUGUUCCACCUGCUGCCGUCCUGCGACGGCUGUCUGCUCAUGAACAUCAACAGCACCGGCACCAACCUGGACAAGUUCCUCACCGAGAUGAACUUCAAGAACAACGUCACAGCGGAGAAGAUCAACGUCCAUGCUCUUUAUCUGAUGUCUAGAGGAACGACCUUGAAGGACUCUGACAUGGAAGACUUCAGGAAGCAGGCGAGCUGCUUCGGCUUCAACAGAGAACCAGACUUCAUCCAGGACCCCAAGAACGAUUUCUGUCCUGAAGGUGAGGGGCGUAUGCUAUUUGAGAAAUCUGCAUAAUGUUCAUGGAUGUUUCAAACUAAAACUGAGUAAAGAGACAAAAAGUGACAAAAAGA